AUGAACUGGGUUGGUGGGGUCAGAAACAGACUAAAAACAAAAGAUGAGAAACAACGACAAAAGGAUUUUUUUGAGAAAAUGAAAUACGGAAGUAGAGUGAAGAAAUUGAAAAGAUCCAGCUCCGGAAAGGAAGGAAGUCUUGGAGCAAGCCUGGACCUUCUUUCGCUACAAGCUGCAGACUUCAGUGCGGAGAAGUUCAGGAAAAGUGAUAGCGUGAAAAGUACUAAGACUCAAGUGAAGAAGGUGGAACUGGACAGAAGUAGAGGUCUUUUCCCACUUCAUCAUCGCUGUGAAGAGUUGGAGCUUUCCAUGUCACCUGGCGCUCCCUCCAAACUACAACUGCAAGAUCCUGAUCAAAGAAAUACUGAUUAUCCACACUCUAAGGAGCACAUGCAAACAGCUUACUCAUCUUUCACAACACCAUCAGAACAACUGGAGUAUGACACAUAUGGAAUGAAAACUGGAGAGGCCCCAAAGACGGAGUAUAGUGAUUGUCAGAGUUAUCCAAGCAUUCAGUCAUCAAGCCAGUUUCACAGCACCCCUGUGGUAGAGGAAUUCCCACAAGCACCAGUACCACAGCAACACCAAGGCAAACACUUUGAGGAUUUGUUCUUCAGCUGCAUACCGAACGAUACCCUCACCAUCAAGAAAGAAGUACCUGAUGAUCUGUCUGUCAUCAGUGAUGAACAGCUCAGUGAAGAAUUUGACUACAGCCCACUGUCAUCUAUCCCAUCUGAAUCAAGUGCAGCAUCAUCCCUCAUCAUGCUCAGUCCUGAUUCCCAACCGACUUUUGAGCAUGACCAGAUGCCAGUUCAUUCAUCCCAACCAGGACUGCAAUUUCAAAGUGGAGGACUUCACUCUAGCCCCAUUGAUCUCACACAAUAUACCAUCGGUCCAAGAGACAAUGAGAUGACGAAACACCCCAUCUCAGACACCAGUCAUAGUGAGGACUGGGUAUCGGACUCAAGCCUUACAACUGUCUGUGAUCAUUACGAAGAAUCUCAUCAAGGACAGAGGCAACAGGAGGAUUCGGUGUCGACAGUGCAGCAAGUCGAUUUAAUUUGUGGAGAGGAGGGAGAUUUCUUGUCGCCAUUCUGCAAACGAGCUAAAGUGAGCUCGAGAAAAACAAGCCAGGAAAAUCCUGCAAGUCCUGAAAUAUCUACCAGCACAGCCAGUCCUGUAGACUUAUCCAACACAAUGAACAGAGGAAAAGCCACAGAAGAGCAGAAUUCUUUGAAGAAGGAAGACGUCAGGAGUGUAUGCACAGAAGCAAACUCAUUCAAGUGGAAAGCAUUUGUAUCAGGUCAGGCUUUUAGAGAAAAGCCAGUGAUUGACAAUAAAGACAGGAUUUGA